AUGAUCGGUUUGCGGCCAUUGAAUCGUAUGAUAAAGCGGACGUUCUUCCUUCACUCCAAACCUUUUCAAUUUCCGUCUCAGUUUGCUUCUCCAGUUCCCCAGCACGAAGUUAUUGACGAAGAGGCCUGUCCGGGUUACAACCCGAAACAUGUCUACCCUGCUAAGCCAGGAGAGAUACUUGCCAAUCACUAUCAACUAUUGGUGAAGAUUGGUUGGGGAACACGUUCAACCGUAUGGCUGGCGAAGGAUUUAAAAAGCUCUCUCGAUGCUUAUCAUGAGCGCGAUAUCGAAGAACAUAUAUCCCGACAAAGCCCCAUACACCACGGCCGUGGUAUCAUCCGAACCUGCCUGGAUAGCUUCGAGGUGACUGGUCCAGAUGGGAGUCAUCUAUGUCUAGCAUAUGAACCAAUGCGGGAGCCCCUUUGGAUACUUCGGAAACGUUUCGUUGACUGGAGGCUCCCCCUUUCAAUCGCAAAGGCAUACCUUCUCAUUCUUCUUGCAGGUCUUGACUAUCUCCACUCAGAAUGCAGGGUUGUACAUACUGGCGAGUAUUUUGUCCUCAGUUCUCCACUUAACAUCAUCACUCCUAUGCGGAUUACUGAUACUUUUUUCCAGUUAGACUUGAAGCUCGACAAUAUUUUGAUAACGUUCGCGAACCAAGACAUUCUCCUCAACUUUGUCAAGGAACAGACCACCAAUAUGCCUAUGCAAUGCAAGACUGAUCCGACGAGCGGACGUACCAUCUACCGUUGUCACAAUGAUUUCGGGUCCCUGAAUUGGGGAGAGCUUCAGAAAAUGCUCCCUAACAUUGUUGACUUUGGGUUAGCAGCUCGCUCUGAAAGUGAUCACCAGGGUCAAGUGAGGAACGAAACAGUUGGUUCUCAUCCAAUACAGCCGGACCAUUACCGUGCGCCUGAAGUUAUUCUUGGCUGCCCAUGGAGUUUCAGCGCGGAUAUAUGGAAUAUCGGCGUUUUGGCGUGGGAUAUAAUCGAGAACACCGAACUAUUCCUCCAUGUGCAUGAUAGUCAAGGCCGUUACGAUCCCAAAACACAUUUAGCGGAAAUGAUUGCACUACUUGGCCCCCCGCCGAAAGAGUUACUAGCACAGUCGCAUGCUAUGGCAGACAUCAGUUGGCCUAAUCCUAUCAAGAAUGAGACAGGCAAGCUCUGCAGGAACGGGCGAGAGUAUUUCAAUGGGCCUUUCUUCGAUGAAAAUUGUAAACGAACAGAUCCACAAUUACCUUGCUUUCCCACUAAUCUUAUUGUUGUGGCAGCGCAGGAUGAGAGUGGAGAGCUCACCCGCACGACGUCCUUUGAGUCUGCUGCGCUAGGCUGGGGCGCAAACAUGGCCUCCGAGUCAUCAUCUGACAGUAGAGAGCCCGGCCGAACCUGAAUUGCGACUUCGCGACCAACAUUUAUUAUGUCGCUGUAUUUAUACCCUGCUGGAUUUAGGGUAAUUUUUUCUUCUCGCUGGACAAGUACCAAUCUAAUCCAGACUUUUGCACCUGAUCCACCUUUGGCAGAACUUGAGAAUAAAUAAUGCCACUUCACCUGCCCUUCGCUGCAAUAUAGGGCUGGAUGCAAACUGAUUGGAAUGACCAGUUGUCUUUGUACCUGAGGCCUAUAUACACUAGCGCCUAGGGAGAUCUGCCCUUGCCGUGUUAUAGUUUUUUAUAGAGAAUUUUUACAUAUACCUGUUACA